UCAAGGCUGUCAUGGCGCUUCUUACAACACCCGCGCUUUUCCUGCUCCUCUUCUGCGCUGCCGUGGGCCCUACGCUGUGCUGGGAUCAGCCGGGGAGGCUUCUGCUGAGGGAGGUACAGGCGCUUACUCUUCACAGAGGUCAGUACACAACAUCUCGGCGAACACCUGCAGUCCCUCAGUUACAGUGCACAGGAGGCACUGCUGGAUGUUCCCAUAUCCCUGAGGUUGUUCAGUGUUACAACAAAGGUUGGGACGGCUAUGAUGUACAGUGGCAGUGCAAAGCAGACUUGGAAAGUACCUACCGUUUUGGGCGAAUCGAAGUGAGCUGUGAAGGCUAUGAUUAUCCAGAUGAUCCUUACAUCCUAAGAGGCUCCUGCAGUUUGCUUUUCAGGCUAGAGUUGACUGAGGAAGGUGAAAGGAAAGUGAAGAACUCUGGAAGCUUUGGCUCUAGCUAUUAUCAGUCAUACAAGGAUUCUUCUGAUUCUGUUGGUGGAGCAAUCAUUAUAAUUGUUCUUCUGGUUCUUGGUUUUGGAGCAUACAAGCUCUUCCUCAGUAAUGAGCAGCCACAUCAGAGUUUCAGUGACGGUGAUGGAUUCACAAGGCCUUCCUGGCAGAGUCAGCAGGCACCUCCUCCUCCUGGUUUUAAGUACGGCUUCACAGAAGGUAACAGCUUUGGAACUCACUCCCAUCAUGGAACCAGUUCAGGACCAGGAUUUUGGACUGGAUUAGGAGCAGGAGGUUUGCUGGGAUACUUGGCUGGCAGUCACAGAGCACAGCCACGUUCCCCAUAUUACAGUAUGUGGACAGAUCCCACAACUGCACCUCCAAUGAGUGGGCCACUAAGCAAUUCCACACAAGGCAACAGUUCAAGAACAAGAACUGCUUCUGGCUUUGGGGGCACAAAACGAAGAUGAAAUCCUUGAUGUUAUUACCUCUGAGUGAUUAAACUAAACAUUCCUGGUUACUAGUACAUGUUUCUUAUUAGUAGCAGGCUUCAGAAGUGAAUAUGAGGAGUGAAAGACUAGGUAAAGAAUUCAUCUUUUUCCCUGUGGAUAUGUGGACUCUCUUUAGGGUAUCACAGGUACUGCAACAUCUACUUUUUCAAAACAGCAGCUUCUCGUAAGAUACAAAAUGCUCACCCAAGCUAAGAAGAGUGAUUUUACAGCACAUAUAUAUCUCUCUGUACUUCAAGAAUUAUGGUAAUGGUAGCCUUACCUGAUUUUCAAAACAAGUAGUUUACUCAUAUUCUGGCUU